AUGUUUACUAUAGACGUUAGAGGUAUCGGUAAAUGUAUACGUCACGUCGAUCAGCUGUUGCGAUAUUCAGGUGGGUCGCUUGCUGAUAAGAUUGAUAAUGCUGCGCAAGCAAACGACUCGCCGCCGCCGCCCGCGCCCGCGCCUUCCCCGCGCCCUUUGACCUUUUCGCCCGCUCCGGCUCAGGCGCCGACGGCACAGGCGUUGCAACCCUCACCCCCGCGCUCAACUAUGUCAUUGUCGAGGCCGGACGCAAUUGAAAAUAUUGAUCAAGAGAUUAACGAAUCACUAGAUAUUGCAUCCGACAACGACUUUUAUGAGUGUGAUGAUAAUAAUGUGGAGGGAGAGGAAACGGAUCGACCGGUGCCAGAAUUAGAAACUCUAAGCUCCGGACCCGCGAGCCCCGCGUCCGCCUCGGCUCCCGCGAGCCCUGCAGCGCCCGCGUCCCCCGCGGCCCCCGCGGACUCGCAAGUGCUGCGCCCGCGAGCGCAGCAGCAGCAGCUGCCUCAGAACGAGCAGACUGACAACCAGUCGGAUCCGGUUCCGCGCCGAUGUAAUUUAAGGCCUAGAACUAAAAGGGUUAAUUAUAAAUAA